UUUCAUCAGUUCUCUUAUCACCUGCAAACAGUUAACACGGAAAACUCUUGGUCACUGUUGGUAAAUCUUUUUUCAUCUAUUCUGCCAUCAGUAGGGUUGGGACAUUUGAGUGAAUUUUUGUGCAUUUUAACGGAUUUUCCACCCAUUCUUAUUCAGUUUUGUUGUAUGGAUUAAAAUCAGCCACUUCAUCGUUCCAAGUGGAAAAAGUGAAAAAUUUUGGAGGACACCUACCACAGCCUGUAGAGUAGGCGUUGGUGUACGUGAGCGAGAGGAACGCUUCCUUCCGAGACUACUUCUCUUUAGCCGUGUGAGUGUGUGACGAAGCAACACUUGGUUCUCUCGGGCGUGCUCCAUCCUAACCCCCUCACUCUCACCGUAACCGGGCCGCGUUGAGAGAACGGGUGCUGACUGACAGCGUGAUAUGAUACCAGACCUAACCACCAUAUAAACAACCCAAAAUUAAACACCUCUACCAUCGCACCAUAUUUUGCCCCCCAUUUUCCUGAGCAGCCGUUGGCAGAAAAGCUACCGAAAAUUGCAACAGCAAUAGAAAUCACAGCUAUGCCUGAGGUGUUGACACUUUCCGGCAUAGCUGAUGCCGAGCCGGACCUGUCGACGUUCGAAAACAAGUCCGGUCUAGCGGAAGACAUGAAGUUUCUUGCUUCGAUGCCGGAGUUGUGUGAUGUCACGUUCCUGGUGGGCGAAACGCGCGAACCGGUAUGUGCGGUUAAGGCAGUUCUGGCAGCGCGCUCGAGGGUCUUCCAAAAAAUGCUCUACCAAGCACCGUCACCGCAGCGAAAGAAAGAACCACCGCCGAGGGAGAACAAACUGCGCCUAUUCUUGAAGCGUUCGUCCGAACCGUUGCUGAAUCUACAGAAUGCCGCACAGCAGCCCGCCGGUCAGCAGCAUCAGACGCUGAUCAUCGAGGAGUUUGAGCCGGACGUGUUCCGUCAACUGAUCGAGUAUAUUCACACUGGUUGUGUCACGCUGCAGCCCCGCACACUGCUAGGAGUCAUGAAUGCAGCCGAUUAUUACGGACUGGAAGAGUUGCGUCGUGCCUGCGGAGGAUUUGUCCAGUGCUGCAUCAACGUGGACACCGUAUGUGCACUGUUGGCCUCGGCCGAACGGUAUAUUCAGUACAAGUGUACCAAGAGUUUGGUACAAAAGGUCUUGGAGUUUGUCGACGAACACGGGAAUGAGGUACUGAAUUUGGGAAGUUUUACGCUACUACCGCAGCACGUGGUCCGCCUAAUUUUGGCCCGGGACGAACUACGUGCAGAUGAAUUCACCAAAUUCCAAGCAGCACUGAUGUGGAGCAAGAAGUACUGUGACACAAAUCAGACUAUUCCCUUGAAGGAGGUGAUUGGAAACUUCCUGGAGUAUAUCCAGUUCCAUAAAAUUCCGGCAAAUGUUUUAAUGCGAGAGGUUCACCCACUCGGGCUGGUUCCGUAUUCGAUCAUCAUGAAUGCGUUGGCGUUUCAGGCAGACCCAACAAGUGUGGACCCCGGAAAGCUCUCCCCCAACUCCAGUCGAUCUCAUCAUCAUCACCAUCAUCAUCACUCAAAAUCUCUCCCCAAGAUACGCAAAGCCAAGUCCCAGAGUUUCCGAACCCGCCGUAGUCCAUCGGAACGGAAGAGUUUCGUCUCACAUUCGCCGUGGAAUUUCAAUAUUGAUCAGCGUAAGAGUCCCGUCAACAGUCUCCAGCAGCAAAUUCAGCAGCAUGUGGCCCGAUCUCCGGGCAGUACUUCAGCUCAUCUUGAACACCGGAGUUCAAUCAGUUCACAAAAGAGUCCAGUGCUAUCACGACAAAGUACACUGCGAUCAUCACAUCGCAGGAAAAGUAGCUUGGGUGCAUCGCUGAAUCUGAACCAGGGACGAAAAAGUCCCAGUAGCAUGUUCAACGAUCGUAGCCCGCAAGGACACAAAAGUCCCAACCUGCUCAUUACGGAUCAAAUGUACACCCAAAGUUUCCAAGUCAAUCUCGAUCGCAAAUCACCAACUGCCAUGUCCUUUUCUGGUGGCCGACGUAGUCCUUCAGGGCUGCGAAGUCCAUCUGGAAUGAGAAGCCCUUCAGGUUUACGCAGUCCUUCGGGGUAUCGUAGUCCAUCUGGGUUGCGAAGUCCAUCGGGCUUGGGUAGCCCAUCCGGACGUCGAAGCCCUCUUGGGUUUACUCUUCAAUCUGAAUAUUCUAAUCUAUUGCAAAGCCAAGCAGAACGUUUUUCGCCAAACUCGCUCAGCAAUCAUUCCGUACAAGAUCGUCGUAGUCCUACGAUCAACUUACCACCGGAGCGCAGUCGUAGUCCGAUCGGUUUCCAAUCACGUUUCGGUGGCGGAAGCUUUUACGGUGAUCGUUCAGCUCGCACCAGUCCUACUACCAUGGGCAGCAUACCUCCAAUCACGAUCUCAAAUCCAUCCGAAACCUAUGAGAUAGUGCAGAAAUCUAUGGAAUCGGAAAGAAGUCCGUUGAAACCAGACAUCCCUACAUCAAUACCAAUAUCUACCUCUUUUCAAAAACCAACAUCGUCCACUACUGGGGCUGGUACACCCGGAUCAGCUAGCUCCAGUACAAACAACCAGGAGAAGAAAGAGAAAACUAGCGUAAUGAAGGAAAUCCUGGCUUUCGUGAGAAAACCUUCGAAAAAGGUAACUACGCGGACAAGUAAAUUCGCGGCUGCGUUUUCUCGAGCCGAAGGUAACACGGGUGCUCCCUUAAUUCGUCAGAGCACCUUCUCCAGCAUUCCGAAUACGUCGAGUUGUGCGGGCCGUAAUGCCAUUACCAAACAGAUGUCGGAGAUCGGGUUCGAGCCGAUCAUAUCUUCGCUAAAACUGAAAGCGGUUGGAUCAAAGAUGUCUUUGAAAUCGCUGAGAAAGUUCAGCGGCGACAAAAAAGACAAAAAAUCCAGCGGAGAUGAAAUCAGUGAUAUCGAGAGUAGCGAUGGUGGAAAGAUUGAGAGUAUUAACCCGCUGGAGUCGUCUUUCGAAUUGGAAAAUGUGCGGUUUGAAAAGGUAGGUGAGUCCUAUAUCAAACAUGAUCAAAUUAAAGAAGAGGAUAGCCCUCGGGGUUCCCAGGAAAGCGAAGAUGUCGAUGAUGAACGAUUGAAGGUUACGGCAGUCAGUGAGAUCAAAAAGUCAUUGGAGGCAUUGUUCACUCGACAGGAACCUAUCGAUGAAUCAGCGGAAGACGGUCGCAAAGAUUCGGAGACAAUACAGUGCCCCACAUUUGAGAUUGAGCCACCGUCGAGGCGGGCUUCGUUUGAUCCUCCUCGGUCACCUUAUUUGGAAAAUUUGCGAAGUCUGAGUGAUACCGAUCAUGAAACCACACAUCAUAGUCGUCUAGAUUCUGGUGGAGACAGUUUCGAGCUUAUCGAUACCACUGAUCGACGAGGCGAAAGUAGUGUCAGCGAUAGACAUUCGUCGAUGGACACCAGCUUCGACAUGAGCCGAUAUCAGUCGACAAGUUACGAAGAUCAGAACUCCAGCUUUGAACUGGUCGAACUCGAUACUUCUCAGAAGGUUUCACCGUUCGAUAUACGAAAAUCUUCGAUCGAGAUGGUAGAUCCAGAAACCUUCCAUAGGUCUUAUCCAGAGGGUCGAAAGUCCUCAUUGGAAACACAUUUCGAUCUGGCCGAGGGAUACCAAGGUUCGAGCUCAAGGACUGCGUACACAAUCACACCGAAAGCUCGGAAGCAGAUAUCGGAACCUGGUCGUAACCGUGACUACCACGGUAAAGUAGCCAGCAUGAAAACUCACUACUCUGCCCCACAUCGUGCCAAAUCUCCACUGUCGAAUCAGACCUCAUCAAACUACAGUUCCAGAGAUAGCUACGACUCGAUCUUUGAAUCCUUACCUCACUGUGAAGUCCGCAGUCCGUUCUCGGAUCGCGAAUCGAAACAGCAUUUCCAGAUGCCCCGCAAGUCGUCCAACGAAUCCUCGCGCUUCCUAUGUACUGACAAACGUUGUGCCUCAAUUUUCGAACCUCGCCCGGUCCGUCUUUCGUCAACCCAUCUCGACACCUCCAGUGGUAGCGAGUUUGAACCUCCAUCGCCACGGAGAGCUGCAAGUGCCUCACCGAAGCACACCUUCACCUUCCGCAUCGUGCUGAAAAAAGUAGAUAGUUCGCCAGAUGCCAUCUGCCCGUCCGCGGAACGGCGAAACCGGGAAAAACCGGAGAAGCACAAGCGGCGCGACAGUCGGCGGAAGAAGCUGCUCGAAAUCGGAAAAAGUUUCUAGUUGCUCAAAUAGAAACCAGACGUUGGGAGGGAGUAUAAUAAUUAGAGUGGGGAGAUACGGCGGAAGUGGCCGUAUGAAAAUAAAAAAUAUAUA